AUGGGGAUGAUCCGUCCCCGGCGAAGCCGCCGCCCCCGCCCGCGCCGCUGCCCGCCCCGCAGCCCGCCCCUCAACCCUCGCCAUGACGCCCUGCUGACCUACUUGGCGGGAGGGCCCCCUCCAGAAAACCUGCUGCCUAUGCUUCCAGGCGCGGGGCCUGCGCCUCAGGCCCCGGCUCCCGAGCCCCCAGCCGCGGCUCCCGAGCCUCCAGCGGGGCCCGGGCCGCUCUCGCUCGUGCGCCAGAACUACCACGCCCACUGCGAGGCCGCCAUCAACAAGCAGAUCAACCUGGAGCUCUACGCCUCCUACGUGUACCUGUCCAUCGCCUUCUAUUUCGACCGCCAGGACACCGCCCUGAAGCACUUCGCCAGCUUCUUCCUGUGGCAGUCCCGGGAGGAGAGGGAGCAGGCCCAGGCGCUCAUGAAGCUGCAGAACCAGCGUGGCGGUCGCCUGCGCCUGCGCGAUGUCAGGAGGCCUGAUCGCAGCCAGUGGGAGAGCGGCCUGAGGGCCAUGAAGAGCGCCUUGCACGUGGAGAGGGUCGUCAACCAGAGCCUGCAAGGCCUGUUCCAGCUGGCCUCCACCCGGAGCGACGCGCACCUGUGCGACUUCCUGGGGCGCCACCACCUCCGCCAGGAUGUGAAGUUCAUCAACCGCUUCGGCGCCAACAUCGUCGAGCUGCGUCGGCUGGGGGCCCCCGAAUCCAGCCUGGCCGAGUACCUCUUCGACAAGCUCGCCCUGGGCGCCAGCGCGAAGCCCUGA